AUGGCCAAGGGAUCUGAACUCUGGAGAUAUUCUGGGAGAGAAGCCGCGCUCCAGGGACUUCGGAACUUCAGGCCCCGCCCACCGCUGUUCCAGGGUUCCAAGCCACCGCACCGUUGCCAUGGCAGCGGGUGGGGGGCGCGGCUGACGUGUAGCGGCGUUUCCGGGAAGAUGGCGGCUGUGGAGCCGGUAAUGGUGGUGGCGGCUGUUGAGCCAAAGGCAAAAGACGAAGAGGAGGAGGAAGAGGAGCCGCUGCCACCGUGCGAGGCGGUGCGCUGGGCUCCAGUGGGGGCUGUGGCGGAGGCCCGGCCUGGGGCAACUGCGUUUCUGGAAGAGGCGGCGGCCGAGGAGCCUGGCGCGGCCCCGGGCUCCCCGCCGGAUUCGCCGGGCCGGACGCUGCUACGGCUGCGGGCCGAGCGGCGACGGCUGGAUUCGGCGCUGCUGGCGCUGUCCUCGCACUUCGCGCAGGUGCAGUUCCGUUUGCGCCAGGUGGUGCGCGGGGCGCCGGCAGAGCAGCAGCGCCUUCUGCGGGAGCUCGAAGACUUCGCCUUCCGUGGCUGCCCUCACGUCCUGGGUUACGAGGGCCCUGGAGAGCCCGCCAGCGAUGAAGGUGAUGGGCUGCCAGGGGACCGGCCACGGUUGCGGGGCGAGGACCAGAGUGAGCAGGAAAAACAAGAGCGUCUGGAAACCCAAAGGGAGAAGCAGAAAGAACUGAUACUGCAGCUCAAGACCCAGCUAGAUGACCUGGAAACGUUUGCCUAUCAAGAGGGCAGUUAUGAUUCCCUGCCACAGUCCGUGGUGUUGGAAAGGCAGCGGGUGAUCAUAGAUGAGUUAAUAAAGAAAUUGGACAUGAAUCUGAAUGAAGACAUCAGUUCCCUGUCCACUGAAGAGCUUCGUCAACGUGUAGAUGCUGCGGUGGCUCAGAUCGUGAACCCAGCCCGAGUCAAAGAACAAUUGGUUGAGCAACUGAAAACUCAAAUCCGAGACCUCGAGAUGUUCAUCAACUUCAUCCAAGAUGAAGUGGGAAGCCCCUUGCAGACAGGGGGUGGACACUGUGAGUGCAAGGCCGGUGGGAAGGCAGGCAAUGGCUGCACCAGAACAGGUAGCAGCAGACCACCUCCAGGAAACCCCAAAACAAAGGCAGAGGAUGUCAAGAAAGUCCGGGAGACAGGGUUGCACCUGAUGCGGCGAGCACUGGCAGUGCUCCAGAUCUUUGCUGUUAGCCAAUUUGGUUGUGCCACAGGCCAGAUCCCUCCAACCCUGUGGCAGAGGGGCCAGGCUGACAGAGACUACUCUCCCUUGCUGAAGAGGCUGGAGGUGUCAGUGGACAGAGUGAAGCAGCUAGCUUUGAGGCACCAGCCACAUGACCAUGUCAUCACCUCUGCCAACCUCCAGGACCUCUCUCUGGGAGGCAAGGAUGAGCUGACCACGGCUGUGCGGAAGGAGCUGACGGUGGCUGUGAGGGACCUGCUGGCCCACGGACUGUAUGCCUCCUCCCCAGGGAUGAGCCUUGUCAUGGCUCCUAUUGCUUGCUUGCUGCCAGCCUUCUCCUCAGCCCCUGAGGCCAUGCACCCCUGGGAGCUCUUUGUAAAGUACUACCAUGCCAAGAACGGCCGUGCUUAUGUGGAAUCCCCAGCCCGGAAGCUCUCCCAGUCCUUCGCCCUUCCUGUUACGGGAGGCACUGUUGUGACCCCCAAACAGAGCCUACUGACAGCCAUUCACGUGGUGCUGACAGAGCAUGACCCUUUUAAGCGCAGCGCAGACUCAGAAUUGAAGGCCUUGGUGUGCAUGGCACUGAAUGAGCAGCGUCUGGUGUCCUGGGUGAACCUCAUUUGCAAGUCCGGGUCACUCAUCGAGCCUCACUACCAGCCUUGGAGCUACAUGGCACACACAGGCUUUGAGAGUGCCCUCAACCUGCUCAGUCGCCUUAGCAGCCUCAAGUUUAGCCUCCCUGUAGACCUGGCUGUGCGCCAGCUCAAAAACAUCAAAGAUGCCUUUUGAUGAGAAUGCGCUGACCCCAGUCCAACUCCUUGUUCACUAGGGAUAGAUGUGUUAGUUUUCUAGCGUAGGAGGGAGGAAUCAAAGGUGGGGUUAAAGGCAUUUUUCCCAGACCCCGCUCAGGCAGUCAGCCAAGUGAGUGCAAAGUCUGUUUUCCCCACCAACUUAGCAUCUUGGAAAGAUGUGCUCAAGACUCUCUUGUUAAGAAAGUUCUCCCCCAGUAUAUGUGAGGGCACAUGUGCUUGAGCCUGUAUUAAAGGAAUCAGGUUGAGCACAGUGGCUCACAUUUGUAAUCUCAGUACUGGGAGGCCAAGGUGAGCAGAUCACCUGAGAUCAGGAGUUUGAGACCAGCCUGGCCAAACCUUCUCUUUACUACAAAUGCUAAAAGCCGGGUGUGAAGCUGCACGCCUACCCAGCUACAUGGCAGGCUGAGGCAGGAGAAUCCCUUGAGCCUGGGAGGUGGAGGUUGAAGUGAGCUGUGAUCAUGCCACUGUACUCCAACCUGAGUGACACAGAGACUCCACCUCAAAAAAAAAGAUAUUCAACUCGAGGCUCCUGUUGGUUGAGCUAUCUUUCACUUGAAGUAGGUUUGAGAGGCCAAGGCCAGAAUUUAAAUUCCUUUUAUGAAGAGAUUUCCCUUUCUUCCUGACUCCAAGGACAGAGGAUAUUACAUUCCAUGGCUGCCUCUAAGAGUAGGAAUAGGAAUAUCUGAAAACAACAUUUCUAAGGGAGGCAACCACAGGUUGAUUUUAAUAUGAGCCUUUUCUCUUGUAGAGGUAAGAAGUGAGAUCUUCCUGAUAAGGUAGGCCUCUUCUCAUGGCACCGACAAUGGGCUUUCAAGAACCCAUGUUUGUUACUAUGUUCUAUAGCAAUUCACAUGUCCCUGUUCACCUCCCAGCAAGACUAACAGUCUUUUUAGAAGUAAAUAUAUUCAAGAUAAACGAGAAAAUCCUUGCCACCCAAGUCAAGUACAAAUCGGUAACCAGCAGCUGUACCUCAGGUUGUGACUCACUGAGCGCCACUUGUCCUAGAGGCUGGAUGAUGGAGGACAUCUGAUCUGGUCAUAGGUCCUACAGCAGGGAUAGAUGCCACAGCAGGAUAGGAGCUACAGCAGAUCACUGUUUCCAGACCAGGGGGAGGAGCAUUUCAUUGUGAAAGACUCUAGAGUGGUUUUAGUUGGUCUUCAGUAUUUUAGUCUCAUUAGUCACAUUUGUCCUACAGCUUGUGAGUACUGCUCUAGGACUGGCCAAAGAUGGGCAAAAUGUAUCACUCCAGACACUACUGGUUCAGCAUUGUCUUCAUGUCUUAAAUUGCCAUCUGCACUUUGUUUCUGCACUAUUAUGUGGUGCAUUUUAACUUAAUUUUUUUCCAGCAACAUGUUACUUAUUUAAGAUACAUUGUUGAUAUUUUAUUAGAAUUAGUUCACCUUCCCUGUGAAACAAGAUAAUUGUAAAAUGUUGUGGAAAAUGAUACAUACGUGGUUGCUAAUGAAAUCAUAGUAUUUUGUGUAGCUUCUCUGAAGACCUUAGAGACCUGCAGCUUUGGUUUAUAAGUGUUUUGGCAUUAUCAGCCCAUCUGAUCCAGAUCAAUAUUUUUUUAAAAGCUG